AUGGACUUCGACAUGGACGCUUCUCCCAGCUACUUCGACCCCGAAAACCUCUCCACCCGCGAGCAAUUCCGCCGCUACGGGAAACGGAGCGUUUCGCCCUACCGAGACGGUUCACCUUCCUCCAGGCUACUCUAUGAUGCCCAGAACAACAUCCACAGCCCUACCAACACUGCACUUCUUCUAGAAGAUAUCAAACACGAAGCAGACACCACUCCUGCAAAGGCUCGCUCCUUCUUGAAAAGGCGGCCCUCGUUUGAUGUUACUGAGGUGGAGGAUGGUGUUGAGGCCGGCCGCUCCUCGUUGAAGCUUUGCAAGCAUGAGGAGGAUGUUCUGGCUGAUGAUGGAGACACGACGUUUGCUUUGUUUGCAUCUCUGCUUGACUCUGCUCUUCAAGGGCUCAUGCCUUUUUCGGACCUGAUAUUGAGACUGGAAGAAUCAUGCAGAGAUGUUUCUGAGUCGAUUAUGUAUGGUUCCAACAUACGGCAUCGGGUUGUAGAAGAUAAGUUGAUGAGGCAGAAGGCUCAGCUCCUACUUGACGAGGCUGCAUCCUGGUCUCUCCUGUGGUACCUCUUCGGGAAAGGGACCGAAGAGAUCCCUAAAGAGCUCAUCUUGAUUCCCUCAACAUCACAUUUGGAGGCUUGCCAGUUUGUUGCGGACAAUCUUACAGCACAAUUAUGCCUACGAAUUGUACAAUGGCUAGAAGGCUUAACUUCGAAAGCACUGGAUCUGGAAAGAAAGGUGCGAGGGUCACAUGUUGGUGCCUGUCUCCCAAGCUCUGGAAUUUGGUUCCAUACUCAACGUUAUCUUAAGAAACGAACAUCCAGUGCAAAUACUGUUCAGCACUUGGAUUUUGAUGCCCCGACACGUGAACAUGCGCAUCUACUACCUGAUGACAGAAAACAUGAUGAAUCUCUUUUGGAAGAUGUCUGGACUCUUUUGAGAGCAGGGAGACUGGAGGAGGCAUGUAACCUUUGCCGGUCUAAGGGACAGGCAUGGAGAGCCGCAACAUUAUGCAUAUUUGGAGGUUCUGACCUAUCUCCAUCAAUUGAAGCCCUGGUGAGGAAUGGAAAGAACAGAACCUUGCAAGCCAUUGAAUUGGAAAGUCGCAUUGGCCACCAAUGGUAUCUCUGGAAAUGGGCUUCUUAUUGUGCAUCAGAGAAAAUAGCUGAGCAAGAUACUGGGAAAUAUGAAGCAGCAGUCUACGCGGCACAAUGUAGCAAUUUGAGACGCAUGCUUCCAAUCUGCACCGACUGGGAGUCGGCAUGCUGGACAAUAGCAAAGUCAUGGCUAGAUUUUCAGGUGGAUUAUGAAUUGGCUCAUUUACAACCAGAAAGAAUGGAUCAAAUUAAAAGCAUUGCAGAUGCAAUUGAUGGAAGUCCAGCACAUGGUGAUGGAUCUGUUCAGACUUCAAGUGGAUCAGGAAGCUGGCCACUCCAAGUUUCAAACCAGCAACCACGGCAACUUUCGGAUCUCAUUCAGAAACUUCAUUCAGGGGAAUUGGUCCACGAAAAUGUUACUCGAGGAUGCAAGGAGCCGCAACGACAAAUUGAGAUGAUUCUAAUGGUAGGGGAUAUCCCACGAUUGCUGGACCUUAUAUGGUCAUGGAUUGCACCUUCAGAAGAUGAGAAUAUCUUCAGGCCUCAUGGGGAUCCCCAAAUGAUUCGGUUUGGUGCACAUCUAGUGCUUGUGCUUAGGUACUUACUUGAUGAUGAAUUCAAGGAUACUUUCAGAGAGAAAAUCAUGAAUGUUGGUGAUCUCAUUGUACACAUGUAUGCUAUGUUUCUAUUUUCCAACCAACAUGAGGAGCUGGUGGGUAUAUAUGCUUCUCAGCUUGCACGCCACCGUUGCAUUGACCUCUUCGUGCACAUGAUGGAAUUGAGGCUGGACAGCAGUGUGCAUGUCAAGUAUAAGAUCUUCCUCUCUGCCAUAGAGUAUUUACAAUUUUCUCCCUUAGACAAUUCAAAAGGAAGUUUUGAAGAAAUUGUUGUAAGGGUUUUGUCAAGAUCUCGGGAAAUCAAAGUUAGUCAAUAUGAUAAGCUAUCAGGUGUUGCAGAGCAGCAUCGGUUGCACAGUCUUCAAAAAGCGAUGGUUAUCCAGUGGCUAUGUUUUACACCCCCCUCCACCAUAAAGAAUGUUGAUGAUGUCAGCCGAAAACUUCUUAUACGAGCAUUAGUACAUAGCAACAUAUUGUUCAGGGAGUUUUCACUGGUGUCAAUGUGGAGAGUUCCUGCAGUGCCGAUGGGUGCCCACUCAGUACUUAGUUUUCUGGCUGAACCUCUGAAACAACUUUCAGAAUCUUCUAAUACCUUGGAGGCUGUCUCUCAAAACCUGAAAGAGUUCCAUGACUGGAAUGAGUAUUAUUCAUGUGAUGCAAAAUACCGGAAUUGGCUCAAAAUUAAAUUAGAGAAUGCAGAGGUGACCCCAAUGGACCUCUCAAUGGACGAAAAACAAAGGGCUGUUUCAGCAGCUAAGGAGACUUUGAAUUCAUCUCUGUCAUUGUUACUGAGAAAAGAUAAUCCUUGGUUAGCUUCUGGUGAAGAUAACGUGUAUGGAUCUGUGGAACCUAUAUUUCUUGAAUUGCAUGCCACGGCAAUGCUAUGCUUGCCUUCUGGUGAAUGUCUGCUUCCAGAUGCAACCGUGUGUACAACAUUGAUGAGUGCUCUAUACACUUCAGUGAGUGAGGAAGAUGUGUUAAACCGCCAAUUAAUGAUAAAUGUGUCCAUAUCAUCAAAGGAUAAUUGCUGUGUAGAAGUUGUGCUUCGCUGCUUGGCAGUUCCAGGUGAUGGUCUUGGGCCACAGGAACACGAUGAUGGUGGUAUUCUCGGUACUGUUAUGGCUGCCGGCUUCAAAGGUGAGCUACUUCGAUUUCAACCUGGAGUUACAAUGGACAUUUCGCGAUUAGAUGCCUGGUAUUCGAGCAAGGAUGGUUCUUUAGAAAGUCCAGCAACAUACAUUGUGCAGGGUCUUUGUCGUAGGUGCUGUCUUCCAGAAGUCAUUCUUCGAUGCAUGCAGGUCUCACUUUCCCUCAUUGAGUUAGGUAUUGCACCUGCAAGCCAUGAUCAGUUGAUUGAACUAGUUGCUUGCCGUGAAGCUGGAUUUCUUCAUUUGUUUAGUCACCAACAAUUGCAGGAAUUUUUAUUGUUUGAGAGGGAAUACUCAAUAAGCCAAAUGGAGGUUCAAGAGGAAUUUUCUUCCUGACUAUUGGCAAAUACGAGGUCUCUGUUGCUCGCACAAAAUGGCUGAUGAUGAUGUAAAAUGAUAACUUGUUUAUCUGUAAGAGGUAUUGUGGAACACUAACACAGCUGUAAAUUAUAUUCCGAGAUUUACUGAGGCUUGGGGGUGGAUUAGUUUUGCUUUCAAUUGCUCAUCCUUUGGUCUCAUUUUCAUUACUUUUGGUGCAUCACAUGUAUCAAAUCUAGAUGUGUAGUUGUGAUCACCAUUCUAUACAGAAUUAAGAAAUGUCUUGAUUUUAUUGAUGCAAUGAUACUGUUU